UUAGACAUAGAGAAGAAUGAACGUGAGGGAGAUAGAUACUAAAAAGCAUAUACCCACCGCUCUUUCUAUCUAACUGCUCCCCUUCCAAUUUUAUACAACACCACCCUCUCCAACUCAAUCAUUCAACAAAACAUCAUGUUCAAAAUCCCUACCAUAUAGCAGCUGCUCUGAUUAUUGAACGCGCGAUCCUCAUUCCACCGCCACCUCUUCCUGCAUGCCUCGUAUUGUCGAUUUGCAGUACAUGAAUGAUACUCUCAUCUUGUUUUUGGGUGAAUAAUAACCGGCAUUAUUCGUUGUCGCGUUCGUCCGACGAACAAUGAGCGGCUUUUCUAGGGUUUCGAUUUCCGACAGUCUCCGGAAAACGAUUCAGGAUAUCAAGGAGAUCACGGGAAAACACAGCGAUGAGGACGUCUACGCAAUGCUCAAGGAAUGCAACAUGGAUCCCAAUGAAACCGCUCAGAAGCUCCUCUACCUUGAUACAUUUCAUGAGGUCAGAAGGAAACGUGAUAGGAGGAAAGUGGGGGUUAACAUCAGAGCACAGGAAGAAUAUCGGCGAACACCAGGCAUGCAGCGUCGAGGGAAUGGGGGCGGGAAUUAUGUUUCUUCUUACAAUUCUGAUGAUGCUGUACGCGGAAGACAACUAAAUGCUCGUCGACAAAAUGGUUACAAUAGCCGCAUGGGGAGAGCUUCUAAAGCUUCUAUGCCAGUUCUGCGUAAAGACAGCAAUAUAGUAGCUUGUGACGGAGGUUCCACAGCUGCUGCUGAUACAAGUAUAUGUGAUGGAAGCUCUAGCCACGAAUCAACAUCCCAAUUAGUCGAGCGUAAUGAUAAAGGUGUCAUCAAGGAAACGAAAGCUGAUUAUGGUAAUAAGUCAGGGAAAGUGCCAUCUCUUAGACCUGUUCUCAUAAAGCAACUUUCAAAUGUGGAUCCUGGUCCUACACCCACCCCGACACCCACCAAUUCCUCCAUAGUUGCAUCAGGAGCCAGAAAUGAUGGUGGAAGCUUGAAGUCAAAAUCUAGUCAUGUUGGAAAUAGUGUUGGUUCAACCUCUGUGUCAGGCUUGUACGCUUCUGCAUCAGAUCCUGUCUUAGUGCCAUCUCUCAAUCCCCGGAACCUUGGCUCUGUUGGUAUAAUUAAGCGAGAGAAAGGGAGUCAGCGGAAUACUGCUGAAACUAGCAUUAAUCUCCAGGCUGAAAGCAGAAUGAAUGCUGUUCAGAGUGUGGCUGUUGGCCAAGCUGUACCAGGAUCUGUUGAGUUGACUAGCAGUGCGCAGCCAAUGGAAUACAAAGGAGUUGAAAGGGCUCAGCUGGCUGAGUCUCCACUACUGCCAUCUUCUUCUAGUCACCAAAUUGCUGCUGCCAACGAUAACCAGGAAACUUGUGCGGUUCGACCGGUCAAUGGUCCUCCGAAAGAGAUAUUGUCUGAAGCUGUUGGUGUUGCACCAGAAGCUAAUAUAAAUUCUCUUCCUACACUGGAGGAUUCUUCUUCAGAGCAAGCAACUGCAGAAGUUGAUACUAAGCUAAAUAAGUUACACAUCUCAUCCAGACAGUCUGUUAUUUUUCCCAAUCAUCUUCAUGUACCUGAAGCCUUCAAGAAUGCAUUGACGUUUGGAAGUCUGGAUGCUCAUAUAGGAAAGGACAAUGAGGACUCCAAUACUAGAGAUGUAUCAAUCACAACCAAUGUUGAAGCUUCCAAGGAACCUUCUCCUACUCAUCAGUCUUCAUCCCCAAGAUCCGGUAGUGAUUAUCAUGAUCGGCCCCAGUCUCCCCCCAAUGUGCUAGUAAAUUUAACAUCACCACAAGAAAAUGUUUCAUCUGGUACUGCUCUGAGAUAUGACCAGUCAAAGCAGGAGAUGCAGCAAACUGUUGGAGGACCUCAGAAUCCAGUUCUUCCCCCUGUACCAGAUUAUGGUCUGAGUCUUGUCCCCCCUGUUGUAGGAUCGCACCUUGUACAACUGGAAGGACUUGAGCCACAGGGAGGAAAUUCACUGAUUCCAUCAACAACUGCUUCAACUCCAUCAAUGUCUCAGCCCAGAGGAAUUGCUCAGAGUUCUAUUACUGUAUCACCACAGUUGUUUCCUUUCCUCCGGCAGCCAUAUCCUCCUAAUUACAUACCGUACAGUCCUUACUUUUCCCAGCUAUAUAUGCCGCCCCAGAAUGCACACCAGUUGCUAAGCCACAGUGGGUUCCCUCAGCAACAUUCAGCUGGCAACAUCUAUAUGCCACCAACUGCUGCUGCUGCUUCAGGAGUUAAAUUCCCCAUCUACAAGCCAGGUAAUAUAGCUGGAAAUCUGACACAUUUUGGAAUUUCUUCUAGCUAUGGUUCAUAUGGAGCGUCUGGACUGGGUUAUGGUUCAAGUGCUGCUUUGCCACCUGGAACAUCUAGCAAUGAUGAUCUUACAGGAUCUGAACUGAAGGAAAAGAAUAUCUACUCUGCAAUUAAACAGAACGAGGAUUUGCACAUAUUGACUUCUGCAUCUGGACGAGAUGUAUCAGCUUUGCAAGCAAAUGUGUUCUACAACCUUCCACAAGGACAUCCUCUUGCAUUUUCACCUGCACAGGUCGGUCACAAUUCGUUCCCUGGUAUUUAUCAUCCAACUCAGAGCAUGUCAACACCGUCCUUAGUUCAAUCGCUCCAGCAGUCUCAGCCAACAGGCGGAUCGGUCGAAUCUAUCAUCCCUCCUCUGAGUUCUUAUCCUCAGCCACAACUCCAACCACAACCACAGUUGCUACCUCUACCUCAGCAAUACGGGCAGAUGAAUUGGAACCAAAAAUUAUUGAAUAGAGAAAACAUUUGAUGCAAGCUUCACUCAUAUAAGGUUAUAACUGAAGCUAUCGUCUCAUCAGACUGUAAAUACAUGAAAACAAUCGAAUAAAAAUUUUUGGGUGGUAAAUGGUGGAUGGGAGAUGUUACAUGCCACGCAGUAAAGUUAACUGGUGCAGGUCUUUUACUGUUCCCAGUGCCGAAGAGUCUCAAAGUUACUUCUUGGUCAACUUCAAUACUUUUAGGUAUAGGAAUUUAUAGGAUUGACUAGAGCUAGUUGUGUAUUUCAAUAUUUUUCCCAGCAUGUUUCCCCGAAAAUUAGCAAAUUCAAAUGGCGGAAUGAUAAGUUAUAUUUCUGCCGAAAAAAUUGUAAAUUUGUGUUUCUAGUUUCUUUUUUUUUUCUUUUUUUGCUCUUAUCACUGUUUCUCUUCUUACUCAGAUAGACCUAGGGUGGAAGUACGUAUUGCGAUCUGAAUGAAAUGAUUGUUCCCUUUGUUUUC